AUGCUUCUCUCACGCCAAACUCAGCUGUUGGUUGCCAAGGUUGCGCCCAGUCUCGCGCAGACCGCCCAGCUCUCCAGCGCCGACUACUCGACCAACCUGAAGGAGGUUUUGGCGAAAAAGAUCCCUGCUCACAACAAGGAUGUGGCUGCUUUCCGCAAGGAGCACGGUGGAGAUGUCAUUCAAAAGAUCACGAUUGAUAUGGUGAGAUUUUUAAUUGUUUUUUUUUGUUGGUUUAGGUAUCAUGUGUAAUAUGCAAAGUGAUGAAAUUCGGAUGACGAUGUCGGUACUAGCAGUUAUGUUAGAAAUUUUUGAAUGAGAAUAUAAAUCAAUUUGAGAGGCAUGAGAUUCAUGUUUCAGGUCUACGGUGGUAUGCGCUCCAUGAAGGGAAUGGUCACCGAGACCUCCGUCUUGGACCCCGAAGAAGGCAUCCGCUUCCGUGGUUACUCCAUCCCCGAAUGCCAAGAGCUCUUGCCCAAAGCGGCCGGAGGACAAGAACCCCUCCCCGAAGCCAUCUGGUGGCUCCUGUGUACCGGUGAAAUCCCCGACCAAAAGCAGGUCGAAGCCAUCUCCAAGGAGUGGGCCCAACGCGCCGAACUCCCCGAACAUGUUGUGACCACGUUGAACAACUUCCCCGCCCACCUCCAUCCCAUGGCCCAGUUCACGGCCGCCAUCGCCGCCCUCCAAUCCGAGUCGAAAUUCGCACAGGCCUACGCCAAGGGAGUGCACAAGACCACCUACUGGGAGCACACCUACGAAGACGCCAUGAACUUGCUGGCCAAACUCCCCACCGUCGCCGCCACCAUCUACAAGAACAUUUACCGCGAUGGAGUGGCGGUCGCCCCCAUCGACCCCAAACUCGACUGGUCCGCCAACUUUGCCAACCAGCUCGGCUACAACGACCCGCAGUUCGUCGAACUCCUCCGUCUCUACUUGGUCAUCCACUCGGACCACGAGGGAGGAAAUGUCUCGGCUCACACCUCUCAUUUGGUCGGCUCUGCCCUCUCGGACUCGUACUACUCAUUUGCCGCUGCCAUGGCCGGACUUGCAGGACCACUCCACGGACUGGCCAACCAGGAAGUUCUCAUCUUCUUGAAGAAGUUGAUCCAAGAAGUCGGAGAGGAUUACAAUGAACAGAAAUUGAAGGACUGGAUCUGGAACCAUUUGAAGAGUGGACAGGUGAGAUGAGACGGAUUUUUGAGGGCUUUGAGGAGGAGUAGACGGAUUUUGGAGGGGGUUGGAUGAAAAAUUACGUUGUUUUAGGUAAAAAGUUGAUGUUUUUGGGUGGUUUUGGGGAUUUUUGAUGGUUUUUUUAAUGAAAUGAGGGAUGAGAGAAUUUUUGGAGGCAGUUGAAGUCUAAUUUUGGAAAAACUUUGAAGGAAAAUUACCUUAUUUUAGAUAAAAAUUUAGAUUUUAGAGAAAUUUUUGGGAUAUUUGAUGGUUUUUUUUUGAUGAAAUUAUGGAUGAGAGGAUUUUGGAGGCAGUUUAAGCCUAAUUUUAGAAAAAUUUUGAAGAAAAAUUACCUUAUUUUAGGUAAAAAUUUUUUAUUUUGAGAAUUUCCUGGGAUUUUUUUUUGAAUUUUGAACACUAAUUACGGCUUUUCCAGGUUGUUCCCGGAUACGGUCACGCCGUGCUCCGCAAAACCGACCCCCGCUACACGUGCCAACGAGAGUUUGCCCUGAAGCAUUUGCCCAACGACAAGAUGUUCAAGCUGGUCAGCGACGUGUACAAGGUGACCCCCGACAUCCUGCUCGAGCAGGGCAAGGCCAAGAACCCCUGGCCGAACGUGGACGCCCACUCCGGAGUCCUGCUGCAACACUACGGCCUCACCGAAAUGAACUACUACACCGUGCUGUUCGGUGUGUCGCGCGCCCUCGGCUGCCUGUCGCAACUGAUCUGGGCCCGCGGAAUGGGCCUGCCCCUCGAAAGACCCAAGUCCCACUCCACCGAAGGCCUAAAGAAACUCGUCAAGGCCGCCUAA